AUAACGCAUUUGGCCGUUCAGAAUUUGAAGUGUUCAAAUUUUUCUUGUUUUGUUUGCAGUUUAGCAUUGAUUUUCUUGGUCGUUUUACGCUGCUUUGCAUUUGCCGUUUCUAUUAGUUCGUCGUAUAGUUGGAAAAAGUUUUGGAAAUGGUUUGUAUUAGAAACGUAUUACAUUUUUUUUAAGUGUUUUUCUGAAACGUUCACAACUUACAAGUAUUUAAGAAUAUUAAUAAGGUCAGAACAUUCUAUUAUAGAAAUUAGUAUUUAUUUAAGUAAAAAAGUACGAAAUCCGCAGUUUGUUCUCGAGAGAAUUUUAGAACAAGUAUGAGAACGUUACGUCUUUUCACUUUUUUACAGUCGUCCGAUUCAUCUGUACAAGCUUCUGUUACGCCUUCACCCUCCAUCAGCUCUUUGGCUGCUAUGCAAUCUCAUUCUGUACCGAAAUUUGGAACGGUGGUGCCGAAUAGAAUCUUUGUAGGAGGAAUUCCGGCUGGAACGGCUGAAGAAGAACUAAAACACUACUUCAGUGCAUUCGGAGCGGUUAAAGAUGCAAAAAUUAUAUCGAACCAAGCGGGUGUCUCGAAAGGCAGGUACGGUUUUGUGACUUUCGAAACUCUAGAGGAUGCGGAACGGCUAAUAAAACGGGAAGAGCACCUGAUCUUCAAAGAGCGCAAGUUGAAUAUCGGCCAAGCUAUCCGCAAGCAGGGUUAUGCACCUAGGGUUUAUGACCAAGCAGCCGUUUUCGCAACCGCACCGGCGGGAACAGUUUGGCUGGCUAAUUCGUCGUCCGCUCCAUAUUCUUACGGCCCUAACGGCAUGACCGUGAUUGCCAAUCCUAUGGACCCAUCAUCGGCCAGCGCCUACGCCAAUCAACCGCAAAUACAAAUGAUUCUUCCCGCAACCCAACAACCUUACUAUUAUUCACCGACAUAUCAAAGUCCACCGACGGCUGCCGCCCAACCGACUCAAUGGACUGCAGGUCCGAGCAAUAAUGCUCCGGUUACGCAGUAUAGAUGGGGCAAUCCGUCGUCAGCCCAGAAUCAUCAAACCUCGGCGGCACACUUUAUUUAUCCCGUUCAGCAGCAGAUAUCUUCCGACAUGCUGUAUGCUCAUGCGCCUCAUGGCGUUCAUCACUCCUCUGAUAUAACUGACGCUUCGAUGAUUGAAGCAGCUACUGCUGAGCCAGCACCGUCUAGCGAGCAACGUUUGGCCAAUAUGUUCGCAGCUCGUCGCCAGUAUGCAUCACCAAAUCGUCCGAAGUUGAUGGGUCAUUAUAGGUCGUCUUCAACGACCAGCACUAAAAUACCGCCACCUAGAUUCGUGACGAAGAUAGUGAAUGGAUCGGCGCUGAUGGAUCAAGCAGAGCCCUUGACUCCACCUCCUACACCGGCCGACUUGCGCAAUUAG